CCUGCCCCGAGAUGACUCCCGUCCCCUCGCUUCUUCCCCACCAAACCAGAGCCGAAGAUGGAGGGAAGGCUCUCUGCAUCGCUGGGCCUCCCAUGUCCGGACCCGACCCGCCACCCGGUUCCGCCCGAAUUCACGAGCCUCUUCACCCACUUCACCUCCCUCGUCUCCCCUCCUCCGCCGCCCUCCUCCGCCCGCCCCAAGCCCGCCGCCCGUCCCGCCGCCGCCCCCUCAAUUUCUCCUCCACAUCCUCUCCCUCGAAACCCUAAUCCGCCCCCAACUUCUCCAAAUGGGCCAAGCCCCCGCCGCCGCCGCCGCGGUGAGCAGCCCCGGGGGCGCGGUCCAUCCUGAAGAGCCUCUCCGUCCUCGAGCGGGCCCUGAUCGGCGCCGCCGGGGCGGGAUCGCCGGCGCCUUCACCUACGUGUGCCUCCACCCGCUCGACACCAUCAAGACCAAGCUCCAGACGAAGGGCGCCUCGGAGAUGUACCGCAACACGCUCGACGCGGUGGUCAAGACGUUCCAGUCGAGGGGCAUCCUGGGGUUCUACAGCGGGAUCUCUGCCGUCGUCGUCGGGUCCACCGCCUCCUCCGCCGUCUAUUUCGGGACCUGCGAGUUCGGGAAGUCGGUCCUGUCGGGGGUCGAGGAUUUCCCCGCCGUGCUCAUCCCGCCGACGGCCGGCGCGAUGGGGAACGUCGUGUCGUCUGCCAUCAUGGUGCCGAAGGAGCUGAUCACGCAGCGGAUGCAGGCGGGCGCGAAGGGGCGGUCGUGGGACGUGCUGCUGCGGAUUCUGGAGAAGGACGGCGUGCUGGGGCUCUACGCGGGGUACUCCGCCACGCUGCUGAGGAACUUGCCCGCCGGCGUCCUGAGCUACUCCUCGUUCGAGUACCUGAAAGCUGCGGUCUUGAGCAGGACCAAGCAGGCCAAUCUGGAGCCCCUGCAGAGCGUCUGCUGCGGGGCGCUGGCCGGCGCCAUAUCCGCGUCGCUGACCACGCCCCUGGACGUGGUGAAGACGAGGCUGAUGACCCAGGUCCAUUCCGAGGCUACUAGUAAGGCCGCGGCGGUGAUGUAUGGCGGGGUCGCCGCCACGGUGAAGCAGAUCCUGAAGGAGGAAGGGAUGGUCGGGUUCACGCGCGGGAUGGGGCCGCGGGUCGUCCACAGCGCCUGCUUCUCCGCGAUCGGGUACUUUGCAUUCGAGACGGCGCGGCUCGCGGUUUUGCAUCAGUACCUCAAGCGCAAAGAGGCCCUGGAGUUGGAAGCCGCGGCUCCCUCGUAGAUUGCUUGUUCUUCGCAAGUGGUCUGCAAAAUUUUUCCCCUGGCGUUAUAAGUACAAUGAAAGUUUUCAUUUUUUAGGCCAUUGUCGAAAAUUAGCAUACAGGUUCUGGAGCUGUAUUGUCUUCCUUUCUUCUUCCUGUAAGUUGGUGUAUUCAUUUCUGGCUGGUUUUUUCCAAUUUCAUUCCAGCUGUUAUCUAUGUUGUGGAUGAUUAACUGAAGAAUUCAUUGGAGUGAAACCAUAAAACCUGCCAUUUUUUGCUGUUCUGAA